AUGGCAGUAUGUGGUGACUGGCAAUAUUACGUUGUGCAGGAGAUCAGACAGGCGGCGGAACUGCUGGGCUUCCACGAGCUCACCAAACUCAGCCAGUUCAUACUGGACCAACAUCUGCUGUUCGACAAGGGAUUCAUGUUGCAGUUUCAUACGCCUCUAGGCGGUCGUCUCCGCGACAUGUACGUGGAGCGCGCCCUGUUCGCGGACGUGACGUUCGACCUGGACGACGGCAUCCACCUCGCGCACCGCGCCGUGCUCAUGGCGCGCUGCGAUCCCAUGAAGGCCAUGUUUCAGGGACACUUCAGGGAAAGCACGUCUAGGGUGAUAUCGUUCCCGGGUGUGAAAAUGUACGCGUUCCACAUUCUCCUAAGCUACAUCUACAGCGAUAAGAUACCAGCGGUGGAUCCCUUGCGGUGUUUAGAACUGUUGGAGCUAGCUAACAGGCUGUGUAUGAACCGCCUCGUCAAUCUCGUGGAGGCUAGGGUCAUAGACCAACUGCAGCAGAGAGAUCGAGUAUGUGGUGAUGAUGAUCAAGUUGUUGAGAUAGCACUGUCACUCCUAGAGCCUGUUAAGCUGCACAACGCGCACAACCUGGCGGACUGGUGCAUGUGGCGGCUGUGCGGGGCGUACGACCGCGUGUGUCGCGCCAGGCAUCUGUCGCAGCCCUCCCGGGACUACCUCUCCGACAACCGGUGGCCGCCCGUCUGGUACGUGAAAGAGUACGACUACUAUCAGAAGUGUGUGAACGAGCAGAGUAAAGAACAGAAGGAGCUACGGCCCACCACUUCUCUGCAAGCCAAUCAACAGACUGGCUGCCUAUGUUUUUCUAGCAAGGUCCGGCGUGCCAGCGAGGCGGGCGGCGCGGACGUGACGACGGCGCUGUGUCGCGCGGGGGACGCGGGGGGAGCGGGGGCCGCGGGGGGCACACAGGACGCGCCGCCGCUCUGACACCUGCCCUACUGGAGGUCUCUCCGGUUUGCGGUGCUCCUGCCAGUAUCAAUGUGCUUCAUGAGCACAAUACUGACUAUACUGAUACUUUUCCACGUCUACACUUAAACACUGCUCACUAGAAUACUUGUCGUUGCACUAAUAUAUAUUAUGGAACUAUUAUGUAAUAAUGUAAUACACGGCUCCGAUCGAGGGAGGCUGGUGUUCUGACAUCUCGUGAUUUGCGCAAGUACAGUCGACUCUGAUAGUCCAGAAUUUGAAUUUGCCUCAUAAUUUAGGUUACUUCUUAGUUACCUCUGCAAAUUC